UCCCCUCACACGGCGGGGCCGGGCCCGAGCUCGGGAGCGAGCAGCAACUUUGGGAAAAGCGGCGCUGGGAACCCGCCGGGAGCGCCUGGAAAAGAAGAGACUUUGAGAAAAAGCUCGCUGAUUUCGCGCUGCGGGUCUGGGAAAAAUUGCGGGUUUCCGGCAGCUUCCUGAGAAAGCGACGGAGCGGGGAGAGCGGCGAGUUCGGGACAGCGUUAAAGGAAAGCCGGCAGGAUUUGCGAGAUCAGCAAAGGGAACUGGGAGCGUUUGGGACGGCGGCAAAGGAAACCCGGCGGGUGUCCGAGGAGUUUUUUAUUUUGUUUUGCGAAGAAAACGUUUCAAAAAGAGCGGGUUUUCAAGGAAGAAUAAAGUUCCGGACCGCGUCGGUGAGGAGGCGAGUGCCGGUGCUGCCAGGACAGCGUUGUCGCAGCUGUUCCAUGGCUGCGCGGCGCUGGAGGGGUCUCUCCUUUGGGAAUCUCUCGGGUUGUCCCAACGGCUCCCAAUGGAUCAUGGAUGUGUUCAAUGAGUGUGCCCAGGACAGCCGGGAUGUCGCCAGCAUCGUCCUGGGGCUGGGCUCCAUCGGCUGCUUCAUCGCUGCAGCCUUCCCGCAGUUUUACCAGGCCUGCAGAACGGGCAUCAUGGACCAGGCUCUCUCCAUCUAUUUCCUGCUGGGGUGGCUGGGCGGAGACCUCCUCAACCUCAUCGGUUCCUUCCUGGCUGAUCAGCUGCCCCUGCAGGUGUACACGGCCAUUUACUACGUGCUGGCAGACCUGGGGAUGCUCUCCCUCUACUGCUACUACCGGGUGAAGAACGGGGGCAGAGCCUUCCCUGCUCCCAUCAACGCAGCCUUCGUGUUCCUCUCCGUGGGGUCCCUGUCCAGCCUCUCCCUCCUGGGCAGUGCCAGCACCGAGGAUCCAGGGACCUUCAGGGGGAGAUCUCUGCUCUCAGCUCCCGGGGAUGAGCUUGCACCGAAGCCUUUCUCCAGGACUGAAAUCAUUGGAUUUACCAUUGGCUCCAUCUCCUCCGUGCUCUACCUGUGCUCCCGAGUGCCCCAGAUCUGCACCAACUACAAGAGGAGAUCCACCAGCGGGGUCUCCUACUCUCUCUUUGCCCUGGUCAUGCUGGGGAAUUCCCUGUACGGCCUCAGCGUCCUCCUGAAGAACCCGGAGCCAGGCCAGGGCCAAGGUGAUUACAUCCUGCACCACCUGCCCUGGCUGGUGGGCAGCCUGGGGGUCCUGGCCCUGGACGUGGUCAUCUCCUUCCAGUUCCUGGCCUAUCGGAAAGGACGGCCCGCAAGCGUGGAGGAGAGGGAUGCACUCCUUGGGGAGCAGGAUGAGAGCCCCGAGAGCUGACACAGGGCCCUGCCCCGCAGCCAGAGGAGGAGGAGGAGGAGGAGGAGGAGGAUGCACAUGAGGAAGGCCUUAGGGCCGGGCAGACCGGCCCCUCCACCCAGCUGGCUCCUGGCAGAAGUGACCCCAAGCCCGUUGGGUGACACCUUGGACUGCCAAGGCGGUGGCAGAGGAUGCUGCUGGGACACCUCGUGCCUCUUUGAUACCAACCACGCUUUCAGGAUAAAAGGGAAUUUUUGGAUACCUCAGUGCCCCACAGCUGAGCCUGGUCGCUGCUGCGUCUCCCGAGGGUGAUCUGGAACUUCCUUGGUGCUGAAAAACCUGGGGAGGGGACAGAGAUGACUGACCCACAGGCAUGGGGACACGAGCACCCCUGUGAGCUCACACCUCUCCCCUCAGCUCCUUCUGGAAGACACACGGGGCUGGAUCCAGUGGGGAAGGAGCAGCAGAGCCAAAGUGUUCAGUCCACACCUGUUUUAAUGAGCGCGGCUCACCCGUCUAUAAAACACGUCCUUCCCCACCUGCCUCCCCUGGCUUCAUUGUGCUGCUUGACCUGGCAGCUCCUGCCUCUUUCCUAAUGUGUCUCACAGCCCCGUUUCUCUGACUUCUCAUUUUUUGCCUCACCCAUGUUUUAAUUGCACGGAUUCCUUGGGGAAGUUGCUCCGUUGCCGUUCCCCUGCAGAAGAGCUGCCUCUGCUUGCUUUGCUUUUCGGUUCCUGCCCUCUCUCCUUGAUGAAUCUAUCAGUUUGAUGAAUUUAUCCUCAACCUGAUGAGUUUAUCCCCAGCACUGCUGAGUUUAUCCCCCUCGGGGCCCUGAACUCAGCAGUGCCCCUUCACCGGGGAAGCAGGGGUGCUCUGAGAAAAGCUGUGUCCCCAUCAGCACUGGAGCUGUGGCCAGGCUCCCUCCCGU